UUGCUCUUUAUUAAUUUAGACUAAUUAUUUGAAUGCACUACAGUUGAAAAAGUUUUUAGAAAAAUGUCCACCUUUUUGUCCCUUUUCCCUAAACGGUUUCCGAUCAUUGGAAUGAUCCACGUUGGUGCUCUACCAGGAACUCCUCUUUAUCGUGGCCAGUUUGAACAAAUUAUCCAGCGUGUGCGAAGAGAGGCAAAACUGUAUCUUCAGGGCGGAGUAGAUGGUGUACUGAUAGAGAAUAUGCACGAUAUACCCUACAUUCGGCCAAAGGAUGGUCUGGGGCCCGAAAUAACAGCCGCUAUGACCCGGGUUGCCCUGACGGUGCGAGAGCUUGUACCGACCAUUCCUAUCGGUGUGCAGAUACUGGCCGGAUGCAACCGCGAAGCAUUGGCAGUAGCAAAAGCCGCCGGGAUUCAGUUCGUCCGGGCCGAGGGUUUCGUCUUUAGUCACGUUGCCGACGAGGGUUUUACAGAUGCCUGCGCUGGAGACCUUUUACGCUACCGGAAGCAAAUCGAUGCGGAGCAAGUGUUCAUACUAACGGAUAUCAAGAAGAAGCAUAGCUCACACGCUAUUACGGAAGAUGUUUCGAUCGAGGAAACGGCACAUGCAGCCGAGUUUUUUCUUUCGGACGGUUUGAUUAUCACCGGUACUGCCACCGGCGCCAGUGCCGACCUUGCCGAGUUAGAACGCCUUCAAGGAAAGACGAAGCUGCCGCUCAUACUGGGAUCAGGUGUAACGGUGAACAAUCUGCCGUCGUACUGGAAGCUGGGACAAGGCGCAAUCGUAGGAUCUCAUUUCAAGGCAAACGGACACUGGAACGAGGAUCUUUGUGCGAAGCGAAUCAGAGCAUUUAUGGACAGUAUUGAGACACUGCGAAGACAGAGCUGCUAA